CGCGUGUAUUAGACGUUUGCAGAGGGGGUUGAAUUUGACGUAGAUAGCGAAGCUAGCUAGCUUGCUAUAGUGUGGAGUUGAAGCGCAGUUUGUAAUUUUAUCCAUAAAAUUCGCCAGAUUUGCACAGUAUGAGCAACGUUGGGUUUUCGGCUGUACGGGGGAGCACCUCAGAGGGACCUGAUAAAGUUGACAUGUCUUUAGGUAAGGCCGCCCGCCACACUUGAUGUGGUGGUUACCAGAAGCUCGAGUUUGGUUGUUGUAACUAGCCACUGGCUAAUGUUCGCAUGUAACGUUAGCUAGCUAACUAAACGGUCAUAAUGUGUUAUAUAACUAAAUAUAUUUAUUUUACAUACAUUCCACUGUCUAUUUCAAACUCUAAAAGCGCUUACUACUCUGGCAACUUUGUUAGCUAGCUGCGUUCAUUCAAUGCGACCAAGCCAGCUAACGCGUUAGCUACAGUAGCUAGUUAAUAUUUUGCAGGUCUAUGAGUUUAACACUUAGCUAUGUUCAUUUAUUUUGCCCAUCCAAACGUCAGUGUGAAUGAUGAAUGUAGCUAACUAUAAUGUACAAAGUCAGCCCAGACUUCCAAGAGUCAAACUUUAAUUCAUAAGCUUGGCAUUUUGAUUUUAACAUUGACUAGAAAAAGAGGUCACUGACAAGUCAAUUUAUAAUAUUGUUUUGUUCUUCUUACUUCCCUAGAUGAUAUCAUUCGUCUGAACAAGAAAGAGCAACAAGCACGGAGGCCGGGCCUAGGGAACCGCAGGCCAUUACAGAAGGGAAAGGGCUUUGUCCAAGGGAAACCAGUUGGCGCGAGAGCUGGGGGACAGUCCCAAAGAGGUGUGUACAGUAGCUUUGUUUGUGGUGUUCAUUACUGCAGUUAGAUCUCUAUUGUUGAAUAACUUCAUACAAUCAUGCCUGUGAUAUUUUAAAUGUCAGACUUUAGCUCCACUUAUAAUACCAAUGAACUAGUUAGACCUGUCCAAGACAUCACAUUUGAAUUGUCCACGUGUCAUUUCCAGGAGGUGGUGUAGCAAGAGGGGGGGUAAUGAGAGCUGGUGUUGGAAGAGGCCGGAAGAUUCCCCCUCCGGUUGGUCGACGCCGGGGUCAAGGGGUCAUCACUGGACUGGCGGCCCGGAAGACUGCAGCGGGACAGAAAGGCAUCAGUCCGCUCAACCGACCGACUGUCAACCAGGUACUAAGGGCUCGUACAUCUGCAACAUGUUCAUUAGGGCACACUAGCAAAAUGUUGCACUCAGUUUUGGACCGUUUUCCUCUUUCAUGCCUAAUGAACACAACCCUUGUUGGGAUCAAAGAGGAGGGGAGAGUUAGUUUCCAAAGGAGCCCUCGCUCCUCUGCUCACCAUCUCUAUUUACGUUUUCCCUCUCAGAAGCCACGGCCCUUCAACAACCAACCACGGCCCUUCAACAACCAACCACGGCCCUUCAACAACCAAUCACGGCCCUUCAACAACCAAUCGCGGCCCUUCAACAAUCAAUCGCGGCCUUUUAUCCAAUCAGCCCAAUUCAGACAGACGCAAGGCCAGAGGAGGCCAUACAGACAGACAGAUGUACAGAGAGGCCCCAACACGACGACACAGACGAGACCCGUUCAGCUGCAGGGACGGUAACGAAAUUACAAUUGCAGCAUUUACUCCUGGAAUACUCCCCUCAAUGAAAUAUGACCACGUCACACUGGCAGCCGGUCCGAAUUCGCAAUCUACCCCUUCCCGUUGGCCCUAACCCUUCAAUGUUUGCAGAUCUGUAUAAUUUAAGUAAUUUGGUGGAAGCACCAUAUCAGGGUUUCCAUUAGGAAAAUGUGGCGGCGGACAUUUGACCGGCAACAUUUGAAUUUACCGGACAUUUUAGAAAUGUACCAGACCCAUGUGCAUUGGGUGAGUAACCUGAUUACGGCGUCCACCCACGGUGCUCAGAAUGACGAAUCAUAUUUAGAAUAAGGUAAUUCAUAUUAACAGAACAUGCAAGUCGAGAAUGCAACGAUGUGCAGUCCUUCUAACCUAAUUCUGAUGUGCACUUUAAACACGUUAGAAUAACUGUCCACAUUUACUUUUCUUGAGCCAACGACGAUUAACAGCUUGUUGAGAAAUAAAUAGCAUAUUCCAAACAGACUAUGGACAGUAGGGGGCCGAUAGAUCCGAAAUUCAUACAACCAUUAGGCCUAGGCUAAACUUAAUUUUUUAAACGUUAAAAAGCAAUCAGUCUGACGCAACAGAUCAGAACGUUUAGCUUUAAAUGUUGAUUAAUUAUUAUUUCUUCACAUUAUAAGCACAGCAAUACGCACAAGGCAGUAGACUAGGAGCGAAUGUUCGUUCUAUAAUAAAAUAAGUGGGAAAACACCCUUUUCAAAAGGGAACUGCAGAUGUGAGCGCUUUCAUGUGACAGAGAUGACAUUUUGAAGCAAGGUAAGACAUGCCUCAUAAUAUGUAUUAAAACGUUAGUUUCAAACAAUUAAGUAUAUGUUUUCAAAAUGCAUACUGCCUCCAGUUCAUUGCAAAGUGGUGUGUGACGCGCUGAUAAAGCCUGCCUUCUGUUGUCGUCGGUUCAAAACAACUUGGUGAGCUCUGACUUCCGACUUCAGUGUGUUCAAGACAACUGGGAACUGGGGGAAAAACGAGCUCAGACUGGGGAAAAAUCGUUUGAUCGGUCAUCCAACUUGGAAUUCCAACUCGGGAACUCAAGCCUCUUUCUAGAGCUCCAACUUUCCGACAUGAAGAUCACUGACGUCAUGAUUUUACCUAGUUGUCUUGAAAGCACCACAAGAUGCUCCAGCAGCAGCUCUUGUGCUGUCUUACAGAUUUUCCACUCAAAGGCUCUGUAUGCUGUAGGCCUACACGUUUGAUAAAUAGUCUACAUAACGAAUAUACUGUACAUGCGCCAAUUUAAUUCCACUAGAUUAUGCAAAUUAACCUAUAGACUAAUAAAAAUGACCAGUCAAAUGAAUUUACAUAGACUGAUAUUUCCAUCAGUGAAUAGGCUAAAAAGCAUACAUUCGCAAUGGGAUUUUUUUCUUCGUGUUGGCCGCCGCCAAUUUUAUUUAUCGGCUUUUCUAUUUUUUGGGGGGGGGGGGGACAAAAGCCGGCUAUUACCGGCUAAUUGAAACCCUGCGCCAUAUACACAUCUUAUACCUAUCCAGGCCUGUAAAAUCUGCAAACAUCGAAGGGUUAACUUCAAGGCAAAAGGGUAGGGAACGAAUUGGGACUGGCUCUGUCUGACACUGAGAAUCACUGUCUCCUGUUAACGCUUUCCAAGUUAUCUCCAAUGACAUUGCACAAACGAAGGACGUCAUGGAACAUUUUAAUCUCCGUUCCUGUCUCAACCAACCAUCCGUCUUGUGUUCUCCUUGUAGGCCCUUGCCCCCUGUCCAUCAAACCCAGAGAGAAGCCCGCCAGGCCACAUUUCUCUUCCACAGGGGCCUGAAGGUAUGCUCUCUAUUUGCUCGUAGGUGUCUGUGAUCCUAGGCAGCCUUUUUUACAACAGACCCAGUGCAUGAAAAGUUGUCUCACCUGUACGUUCUUCCAUACUGCAGGUUCACACCCAGGUGCAGAAGCCAGCUCCAACCUCUCAACCCGCUACUCCAGUAAGAUCUCGCCAGUGAGUAUUUGACCUGUGUGUGUGUGUGGAUUAGGGCUGCAAAUAUCCAUGUUGCAAGAGGCUACGAUAUUUUGAAACGCCACUUAGCUGCCUACCGUUUUUUUUAAAACUUUGGAUUUAUUGCUCGAGUUGAUAGAGUUCUCUCUCCUCUUUUGGCCUCUUCCCAAUCCCACACACACCAAGCCCCGCCUCCUGUCACUCAAGCAGGCAGUUCCUAAUGCUCGAGAUUCACUCUGCAUCCAUUGACCAAACAGCAGCAUGCAGUCAACACAUUUUUCAAACAAUAACGAUGCAGCUUUCCACUUUGCUUUUUAAUAUAAAUCCACAUAUUUUCUAUACUAUUUGUUUGUGUAACUUGCUCUCUUCAAAACGCUUGUUGGUCUUAGGCACAUUUGCAGCUUGCUUGCUAAUGGCCCCGUGUAGCUCAGUUGGUAGAGCAUGGCGCUUGCAACGCCAAGGUUGUGGGUUCGAUUCCCACGGGGGGCCAGUAUGGAAAUGUAUGCACUCACUAACUGUAUGUCGCUCUGGAUAAGAGCGUCUGCCAAAUGACUUAAAUGUAAAACAUUUGUUUGCCCCUAAUGCUAAUUGCUAAUGUUAGCUAGCUAGCUGGAUCCACUGAGAUAGGGCAAACUUUUACUCUAAUACAGACUACUACCAGUGGUGGAGUGCAACAGCUUGUUCUUAAUCAGAGGAUAAGGCGAAUAAUAUUCUAAAAUCUAAUUAGGGUCCCAUGGGAAUCACUGACCACCACUUUGGUUCCUACUGUCACAAGCAUCUCAUCCCUUACUUUUUCAUUUGUUGUCAUGCCCAACAAAACUGCAUUCCAAGUGCCCAAUAUAUUCCAAGUUCCAACCAUGAAAUUAUAUUGAUCAUUCUAUUCUAAAUGAGAUUUUUUUUGCCCAUAUCGUGCUGUCCUAGUGUGGAUGGAUGUUUGUGUGUGAGAGAAUGAACACAUUGAAUGUCACCUCUUGACAGACCACAUUCCUCUGUAUAAUAUAGUGAACCCUCAUCAUUCUUGAAGACCACAAAUGUUACCUUUGCUUGUCAUUAUCCACAGGUUGUCUUACGCUAUGUUGUCUGUGGCUGUUUGCCUGUCUGUCCACCAGGUGGCGCACGUCAACAAACAGCAGUGGGAUCCUGACUGUUUCCAUCGACAACCCCACUGCCACCAUGACACAGCCUGAGUGAGUCCCAUUAUGAGCUGACACAGACCGCUAUCAGAACAGAGGCUGAUUGAAUACACAGGACCAGUAGUUUUUCCUUAACAUAUGACCUGAUCAUAAUGAAGGGCCAGAGUUUUCCCUGGCCAAUUCACAUAGGAAAUACUAUUGGGCCUAGAUAAACAACCACUCACCAUGUAUUUUCUUCUCUGUUCCCCAAGGCCUCCCAGUGCUUGGUCCCUGCACCCCUCGGCACCCAUCAGCCCUGCCCCAGUCAAGGUGGAGGAGGAGAAGAAACCAGUCCCACCUAAAGGUGUCCCCCUGCAGUUUGACAUCAACAGUGUGGGGAAACAGGUGAGAAUAAGAUACAAGUGCACAAUCACACAGAGGCUGCGUUUACACAGGCAGCCCAAUUCUGAGCUUUUGCCCAAUUAUUGGCAGAAGAUCUGAUUGGUCAAAAUACUGAUUACUGGGAAAAGAUCAGAAUUAGCCUGCCUGUGUAAACGCAGCCCAAGUGGCUCAGAUCUUGUUCUGAUUAGCAUUAGUAUACAUUUUAUGAACGGUUGUUUGAACUGAGUAGUCAAGAGUAUAACUCCCCCAAGUGGUUCAAAAUCAAGGUUUCACCCUGUGAAUUGGUGAAUACAGGGUCCUAUGCAUUAGGGCACGCUGUAUCAAAACGUGAAACUGUUUUAAAACGUGCACUGCAAAGGUAGACAAGCGUUUCGUAUUGAACAAGUUCAGAUAGUGCCUCCCUGUGUCGGCCAGUUUGCCUCAAUAUUGUGCCUAGUUAACAUGACCCAGUUGUGUGAAGUGAAUUAAUUGUUUUCUGACAAGCUUUCUCUAUCCAAACUGUUAUCACAGCAGACGGCGAUGACUUUGAAUGAGCGAUUCCGCAUCCUGAAAGACCAGCGCAUCGCCACUGCGCAGACCAGCAAAGGCAGCCGAUUCGUCACCGUUGGUUAAGCCAAUAAUACAAAGGAAACCUUUGUGUCCCACUCA